AGUGACAGUUCUUCAAUCGAUUAGUUGGAAGAUCGUUGGUUAACAUCAGUAAAGAAACUUUUGAAUUUAAAAUGUAUUUUUUUCGUAUUGGAAUUAGUUUUGCAUAAUUACUAAUAUCAACUCCCGUGCAAUGACCGAACACGGUGCAGCUCUGCAAACCUACAACCAAGAACUGAUAAAAUGUUUGGAAGAAUUUAAAACCAAAAGAAAGGAAUUACUGGAAGUUAUUAAGCAAGAGGAGGAGGAAAAGGCAACUUUAGACAGAAACAUGAAAGCUUUGCAAGAGAAAAUCGCACAUUUGAAUGGCAAUUUGCAACAGCACAAACAACUAUGCGAAAACUAUGACAAGACUAUACGUGAAACUGAAUUGGGAUUCAAAAAGAUUGUUGAAAGUAGCCAAACUUUACUUAAAGUAGCCCAACAUGAGGCAAAUAAAUUCGAAAAUACUAUAGCCAAGCAUGAAGAAAUUAAUGGAAAUUAUAAUACGGGUGAUUGGUAGUAUGGUGUGAUAAAAUAAAACCACUCAGUAAAACAAUUAAUAUUUUUUUUUUAACAAUAAUAAAAGUAAAUUUAGGCAUUUCCCAAGCUUUUUUGUUCAUUCCAAACAUUGACCAGCUCCUUGGGAUCCUCAUAACCGUGCGACGCUAUCACAUACUCAUAGUUAAACUUAUAAUAAGGUUUUUUGUGAAAGUAAAACUCUUCACAAUGCAGUGGUUCGAUUUUGGUUUUGUAUGCCAAAAUCCCCACAUAAAUAUCAUCAAAUCUGAAAUGCUUUGUAUAAAAGCUCGCAUAAUACAUGUCUUUUAGGGCUGCGUUUGAUAAAAUGUAAGCCCCACCUGAUGAAUAAGGAGGCCACAAGUGAUAAGGAUACUCGUCCAAAGAAACAUACCUAA